AUGUCGGUCAAUCAAGACAAGGUGCUUCGGGGGUUCUGGACACAAUGGGCUGCGUUUACCGCACCAUUUCGAACUCCCGCCGCACACGGCCCCGAUCGAGGCUGGCGUCCCAUAGCACUCCGGCCGCCGUUCCUAUCUGGUCUUGCAUGUUGCUUACUGAGCAUGUUCAUGGCGUUAGAAGGCGUACGGCAGUAUAGCAAUCGAGAGGGUGGCCUCGUCUUCUUCACCGACACCGACGACAUCUCUUCUCUCCAGUCAUUCUUGUAUAAUUAUUUACCCAUCAUCAUCUCUCUCCUCCUACUCAUGGUGUGGACCGUGGCCGACUUUGACGUCCUUCGACUGGAACCAUACUUUCAAUUAUCGCAACCUGGAGGUGCCCCGGCCUCUGUUCUGUUCAUCAACUACAACUUCGGUCAGACUAUCCUUACCCCGAUAAACGCCGCGCGCCGCCAUCAUUGGGUUGUUCUAUGGGUUUCGAUGAUCACGAUUUCAAUUCGAAUGAUGCUCCCGGCCUUGUCAAGCACACUGUUCGAACUCCGUGAAGUGGAUUUGGUUCAGCAUGCGAACAUGAAAAGUUGGCCCUCCCUGGUAGACUUGGACAGCCAGGCAAGUUGGAUGUCGACCCAGGCGAAUCACUCGGUCUCUUCGGUUGUCGCAUCUGCUGAGCACGUGCACCGCACACGAUCUGCGAAUUAUGCCCUUGCGCCGGUGGAGAUUCCUGUCGACGACAGUACAGGAAGCACAGUGUGGACUAUUGAUCAAACAGUGUACUGGGCUGACCUGGUCUGCAUUGAUGUGCCUGUGGAGGAAUCCCUUUCGUCCGUCUCCAUCAACGAAACAAUCUCCAGCUCCGGGUUUCCCACCAUAUCAUGGAACGCCACAGGCAUCGACGUGGAGGAUGAUUACAACAGCUCGUCCACUUGCACGCUGGACUUCCAUUACACGAGCAUCUUUUUCGAGGAAACUGAUUAUCUUCAAGUUCGUUACUGGGAACCCGUUAUCGAUUUGUCGGCGGCUUCGGACUUUCCAAAUCGCACAAGCGCCUUCACCACCACUGGCUGUGACCCUUACGACAUAUAUGGCAUGUUGAUUUCUGUGAACGCUACCGGCUCCAACUCAACUGAUUCUAAAUAUGUUGCAUCGGGACAUGCAUUCGCCUGCGAUAUAGACUACCACAAAGCCCAGGCUAAGGUUUCGAUGCAUUCCAACAGCUCCCUAACGUCUCUUCAUAUCCACUCUGACACGAUCCGCACCGUUACCGCAGCGGAGUUCAACAUCGCCAAUUUUCAGGGACUGCUAUCAAAGCACGCUCCUUACACUAGUGACAUGCUGUUUAUCCGCGAAAAUAAGACAACUGGAGCUCGAACAAUUACUGAAUUGCCAGUGAUUAGUGAGGAAACGGGUGAUCUCGAUUCACUCCUUGUUUUGGAUAGUGCCACCAUCAUGACCCAGGGAGAAUUACAAGCUCGGAUUGGGCGCGACGUCAAGCAAACAUUUGUCCUGACCCUUGGUCGUCUUUUCGACCCUGAUGAUACACCGGUCACGCUCUUGGCAACGAGCAAGACAAGCCAAGUUGCUAUCGCGAUCGUGGACUUCGCCGCCCUAUGGUCGGAACUCAUACUCAUGUUGGCAACUUUAAGCUCGAUUUAUCUGAUAUUCUUGUAUCGGUCCCGUGCGACUUUUCUCAAGAGUGACCCGGGGUCAAUCGCCGCGAUGUGCAGCAUCGCUGCCGACGUUCUCCACCCUUCUAACAUCUUGGCUGAUCCUAAUAACGACUUUCAUCAAUUUUCCACUCGCCAACUCAACCUCAUAUUCCGCAAAGCUCGUUGCCAUUGGCGUUCUGGUCCAUCUGGAAACCGAUUAGAGAUCCUUGCUGAGGAUGGGUCACCAGUGCAGCUUGGGGAUGAUACACGAGUUCGCGUCGAUCGCAUGCCCCACUUCCUGACGGUCCCGUUCUUCAUCCUUGAAUUCCUCUUCCUGGCCGCUGUCAUUAUAUUAAUGGGUCUAGUAGUCUCGUCGUUGGUUCGAGAUGGCAAAUUCCGUCAUUUGACACAAUCCGACUCCAGCUCUUUCCAAGUUGUCCUGUCUAUCCUUCCCUCCGUCGUGGCUUCCUCCGUGGGGUCUCUGUGCACAUCGAUCCACCGCAACUUGAGUGUUCUCGAGCCGUGGGUUCAUCUCCAGCGGGGUAUGGCAUCCGCCCGGGCUUCACUAUCAAUCAACUAUGCGUCUCAAAGUCCACUCAUGAUAUUAUUAAAAGCUCUCCGUGACAGACACAUUUUAUUGAGCCUGGUUUCCCUGGCAUGCGUCGUGAACAUGAUACUGACUGUCGUCGCGGGUGGUCUGUUCACUCAGGAACUGGCGAACUCCAGCCUUCCAACAACUGAUUUGACUAUGAACUAUAGUCAAUCAGCUUUCGCCACCACCGACUUCUCAGCCGAGUUCACAGAGUAUGACUUGAUUCAAACCAGUAUCAUGAGUGGUGUUCCUAUGUUGUCUUGGACCAGCUCCAACCAGUCUUACGUCCCUGUCCACAUCCGCCAUAAGGACUCCAGCGUGAUGUAUCAGGCGGACACCCUUGCUAUUGGGGCAGCAUUACAAUGUGUACCACUUUCUCCCGAGGAAGGCUUAUUCUACAACAAAAGCACAGGCCAGGAAUAUUGGCGCUACUCCAUGUUUGGCAACUCGUCUGUUGAGUGCAUAGCUUCCAUGCCUUCUCAGAGCAAGGACGAGGGUAUUGCCCUGUCAAUACACUUUCUCUCGCCGAAAGAUGCAAAUGAUACCACUAUUUGUGAAACGUCUACUGUCCUCGUCGUGGGACGUUGGGACUAUUUAGCCGAUUCCGCAAUCACCGACGAUAACACUAUCGCCCUACACUGCGAGCCUCAAAUACAAAUGCAAGAAUAUACUGUCCAAUUCGAUGAACGAGGACAGAUCUCGUCUCAUACACCUGUUGCGGAUACCACCGUCUCAGCAGGCGCUAUGUACGAUAAUGCCACUGUGAGCCUUGGGCAGUUCAACAAGGUAUUCGCCGCCAUCCCUGAUAGUUACGUCGGCAACACUACGUCUAUCAAUGGCACGUACAAUAUAUCGUCCUACGACUGGGCUGGGUUUCUAGUUGCGCGUCUUUAUCAACGUGCAGAUCCCGACUUUGACUCAUUGGAGGCUCAUCGACUCAUUCACCUCACUCGACAUGUCUACCAAUGGGUCUAUAGCACCUACUUUUCCAUUUGGCAUGAUGAGUAUCUGGAAUCACUAAAGCAUCCGGUUUUGGCCACUAACCCCCGGGUCAUCCGAAGCACCUGGGCCAUGAUUCCGUCGAUGCCGUCGUUGGCAAUAGCUUUGAUAAUCAUUGGCUUUGAUACACUAGUGGUACUCGUUGUUUUCGGAACCCGCCAUGGUCGAUUCCGAGGCCCACGAAUGCCGCGAUCGAUUGGUGCUGUCGUCCCUUGGCUUGCACACAGUCGAAUGCUAGACGACUUCAAGGCUACUCAUGCCUGGGAUAAUUCUCAAAGACGAAAUCAUCUUAUCUUGAUGAACAGGCGGUAUGCUUUCCGCAUGUUCAUGAAUCCGGAUGGCCGGUGGAGAUUUGCAGUGGACGAAGAACCACCUAAAAAAGAAUCCGAGGAUUGCCAAGUCGACCAAAAGAGCGAUGACGAUGGCACCAAUAAAACAACAUCUGUUCAGUUGCAGGAACUGACUGAUCAGCAACCACGGGCGCGGGAUCCGCCUUCUUGA